AUGACUGACCAGGUGUACCUCGAAGACGUGACCUUCCGGGAAAUCUCGCAAGCAGAGUUGCUCCAGUGGAAUCCGUCGCUGAAGAAGCAGAAAUCGAAGUCUGCCAGUUUCAAUUUUAGCAAGGAGUAUAGUUCGCCGGCGCCUUCGACGCCGCUUACGACUUCGACUUCUUCAUCGACAUCUAGCCUAAUCCCAACGAGCACAUCGAUCUCUCAGACCUCAACCACCGAGAAAGACACAAGCACUAGCAGCGAGUCCACCAGUACGACCGCAACUCCCACGACGACAAACGGUCCCGUCCCUUCCCCCACCCAGUCGAACAGCAUUGCAAACAACUGCAGCGACUAUGCCAAAGCCAGGGAUGGCGAUAACUGCAUUGACUUCGCUAAGGAUUACGACAUUACCCCCAAGCAGUUGUACCAGUAG